ACCACACCGACGCCUUAGCACCAGUACGGCCUGUAGACCUCCCUGUGUGCUGAGAUGAGAACCGUGGGCGUGUGGGCGGUGGGUGUGGUGGCACUGUGGGCGGUGGGUGUGGUGGAGGGCCAUGGCCGCCUGAUGGAGCCAGUCUCACGCUCCUCCGCCUGGAGGAAGGGGUUCGAUACCCCGAUUAACUGGGAGGACGACGAACUCAACUGUGGAGGAUUCGGUACACAAUACGACGAGAACGAUGGCAACUGUGGCGUGUGUGGGGACAACUGGGCUGACCCCAGACCUCGCGAGAACGAGGCCGGGGGCAGGUACGGCACGGGCGUCAUCGUCGCAGACUACACCGUCAACCAGGAGGUGGCGGUGGAGGUGGAGCUCACGACCAGCCACCUCGGCUACUUCGAGUUCCGUCUGUGUGUCAACAACGACCCGUCGCACUACAUCGAGCAGGAGUGUCUGGACCAACACCUCCUCCAACUGGCCGACGGCUCCGGCACCGCCUUUCCCAUCACGUACCUGCAGGACGCGGUGAACCUCACUAUCCCCGUGGUCCUGCCGGAGGGUGUCAAGUGCUCUCAGUGCGUGCUCCAGUGGCACUAUAACUGUGGUAACAGCUGGGGUGACUGUGGUAACGGCACAGAAGGAAUGGGUUGUGGCCCUCAGGAGUGGUUCAGAGGCUGUGCCGACAUCUCCAUCGUGUAGACUCCCGCCAAGCGACCCAAGUCUUCCUCCCUCACAACCACCAACUGACGCGAGGCUUCCAGUGUAGAAAUAGCCUAUGCUACUCUAUCCUUUUUAGAAGUACUUCCUUUUCUCAAUAAACUUGGACUUGACGCGAGGCUGUGAUCUGCGGCUCCCACACCCGGCAAUACUAUGGGGAAACGACGUUGAUACAGCAAUGUAUCGGCUCUGAUCCAACGUUGAUACAAUGAUAUUUUGCAUUUGAGCAUGUCGUAUGUCACCUGCGGUCACUGUCAGUUCACCAGAGUGAGGCAGACAGGCAACAGUGAUUAUCGUUAACCAAGUCUCACUUUAUGUUGUGUUUAUGUGUAAAUAAAUAAAAUGUGGAGUUCUGUAUCAAGAAAGUUGUGAGUUCUGUAUCAAGAAAGUUGUGAGUUCUGUAUCAAGAAAGUUGUGAGUUCUGUAUCAAGAAAGUUGUGAGUUCUGUAUCAAGAAAGUUGUGAGUUCUGUAUCAAGAAAGUUGUGAGUUCUGUAUCAAGAAAGUUGUGAGUUCUGUAUCAAGAAAGUUGUGAAUUUGUUUGACAGUUAUUUUUUCUUGGAAGGAAAAUGACAUUUUAAACGUGUUUUGUGGUAAACAAUAAAAUAUUUGUACAUUGAAAA